UCUCUCAACAGUCGACAAGACAGCCGAGUGGAGAGUUGGGGGAGAAGACAGGCGCUGCUGCUGCUGCUGCUGCUGUUUUUCACCGGUCCCUCCAGUCGGGAACAAAGCCAGCCAAACAACCCCCUUCCUCAGCAAGCAGCCGCAGCCAGCCUCCCCUUUAAGGUGCGGGCGGGCCUCUCUGAGGAGGAAGCCAAUAGUAGCAAGGCCAUGGCCAACCCGCUCGCUCUGACGUCACGUCCGCCGGCGAGUUUCCGCUUCCGGGGCGAGGCCGAGCCGAGGUCGCUGGAGAGGUUCCUUUCUUGCUGGUGACCGGUCCGCCGCUGCCAUGUCGCCCGUGGCCCAGCAGGCCGCCUCCACAGACGCCCCGUCACGGCUUUGAAGACGACAGAGGAAGGCGCACAUUCUGUCCACUGGAACAUUUUGAAAAGAGUCACAUCCAUGGAAGAGGUACAGGACUUAGUGGAACAGCCGAUGAAAAAAGCCAAGAUGCAGGAAUCAGGUGAACAGUUGUUAAGGCAAGUGAACAGCACGGACAAUAGCGAACAGAAGCCCGAAUCCUCAAGCCUUGGUUCAAACCUGUCCAUGUCCAGUGAAAUUAUGCCAUGCACUGAUUACAUCUCAAGGUCAUCAAAUGAAUAUACCUCACAGAUGUAUUCUGCAAAGCCAUAUGCACAUAUUCUUUCUGUACCUGUAUCAGAAACGAUGGCUUCUUAUUCUGGCCAGACUCAGUACCAAGCACUGCAGCAGUCGCAGACGUAUGCUGUUUAUCCUCAGACAACCCAAGCCUAUGGACUACCUCCUUUUGGUGCACUGUGGCCAGGUAUGAAACCUGAGAGUGGUUUAAUUCAGACGCCAUCUCCAAGUCAGCACAGUGUGCUUACCUGCACUACAGGGUUAACCACAAGCCAGCCCAGCCCAGCACAUUAUUCUUAUCCUAUUCAAGCUUCAAGUACCAAUGCCAACUCAGUUUCCACCUGCUCAGCUGCUGUCAAUAUUUCAGCAUCAGCAGUAGCCAGCAUCUCUCAACAGGAGUAUCCUACGUACACAAUCCUUGGCCAGAGUCAAUACCAGCCAUAUUACCCAAGUUCUAGCUUUGGAGUUGUAGCACCAGCAGACAGCAGCACAGAGAAUACCACGUUAGCAACGACCACCUAUCCUUCUGAAAAGCCAAAUGCCAUGGUGCCUACUCAGACGGCGCAGAGACAUUCCUCUGGAGACCCAUCUACAAGCCCACUGUUGCCGAGAGCAACAGCAAGUAAAGACGUAGAUGAGCAGUCCAGGAAAAACGUGACUGGGAAGAACCGAGGCAAGAGGAAAGCAGACUCUUCUUCACCACAGGACAAUGAGCUUGAACGAGUGUUCCUAUGGGACCUGGAUGAGACCAUCAUAAUAUUUCAUUCUCUUCUCACGGGAUCGUACGCCCAGAAAUAUGGGAAGGAUCCAACUUUGGUGAUUGGCUCUGGUUUGACUAUGGAAGAAAUGAUUUUUGAAGUGGCUGACACACAUUUAUUUUUCAACGACCUAGAGGAAUGUGAUCAAGUUCAUGUGGAAGACGUUGCCUCAGAUGACAAUGGACAAGAUUUAAGCAACUACAGUUUUUCCACUGAUGGCUUCAGUGGCUCAGCAAGCAACGCCAACCACAGUUCCGUGGGUGUCCAGGGCGGAGUGGACUGGAUGAGGAAGCUGGCGUUCCGCUACCGGAAGGUGCGCGAGGUCUAUGACAAAUACAAAAACAACGUUGUCGCCCUCCUUAGCCCAGAGAAGAAGGAAGCCUUGCAGAGAUUAAGAGAGGACAUAGAAAUGUUAACAGAUUCCUGGUUGGGAACAGCGUUGAAGUCCCUACUCCUCAUUCAGUCCAGAAAGAAUUGUGUAAAUGUUCUCAUAACGACCACCCAGCUGGUGCCAGCCCUGGCCAAAGUCUUGCUGUAUGGACUUGGUGAAGUCUUCCCAAUUGAAAAUAUUUAUAGCGCAACAAAAAUAGGUAAAGAGAGCUGUUUCGAAAGGAUCGUGUCUCGGUUCGGGAAGAAGGUGACAUAUGUGGUUAUUGGAGAUGGGCGCGAUGAGGAGAUGGCAGCCAAGCAGCAUAACAUGCCUUUUUGGAGAAUCACAAACCACGCUGACCUGGUCUCCCUCCACCAAGCCCUUGAACUGGACUUUCUGUGAAGAGCUGAGCGGAGGCGGUUCGGCAUAGCUCCCAACAGCCCCUCUUGGCUUCGUAGGAGCCCGCUUGGGGACUUCUCUUUUUCAUCCAGACAAGGAAAAUGUAGCGCAUGGAAGUGUACAGUAGGAGGCGCCCCGCCGUCACUUGCCCCGGAGGAGCAGCUUACAGGGGCAAGAGGGCCCUGCCUGGGGAGCUGCCGGAGCCUUGGCACGUCGGUGGGCUGCUCUUCAUUGCCAUCUGCAUUUUGGCGAAGGGAAUUUCUGGGGCUGAGCCGAGCAUCCCAGGCGGGGUUCUCCCCAGCAGCAGAGACCUCUCUCACUGUGCAGCCCUACGUGGUAUGAUGCGGAAAAGCAGCCAACUUUUGUAAAGUAUUUUUGGUCAACCUCCCAGCCCCUCGCUCACUUCCAGAUGGAAAAGCAAAUGCAUAGAUGUUUAUUUUUUUACAGCAAAGGGUAGAAGCUUUCCCUCCUUGCAAAGCCGGAAAGGGCUGUAGAUUUUCAAGAAAGGGACUCUCGAACCAUUCUGUGUUUGGGGAAGGCGGCUUCUCCUUCCCUGUCUGCUGGGGCCCUGAAUGUGCAGCCGUUCCCUUAACGUUUGACACCAGGGUGGGAUGGUUGUGGGAGUGUGCCCGGUUCCUCAUAAGCGUCUUUCUCCAGUGAACACCUUGCUCUCCAUUUGGCUCAAAAAUGUCAGAGUGCAGCAAUUUCCCAAGUAAUGGAAGAGGGAGAGUGAGGCAUAGGUUGGGCCCAGGCAUCCUCUGAUUUCACCUUCCUUUCUGCAGCUAGGCAAGUUCCAUUUCCCAAGAUGCAACAGGACAUGCUGCCAUGAUGCCCAUGACAGCCACAUAGCUAGCACAGGAAGCUGGUUAGGAAAGUGCCUGGCUCUGAUUUAUGGGCACUUGCCGUGACCCUCCUCCUCCCCAAGCAAGGUUUCAGCUCAGCACCAUCAUCUUUUGCGUGCAUCACCUUGGCAUUUCCCAGUUGGCUUGGGGAGCUGGGCACAGUGGAAGCCCAGUUGGCUGCAGCCCUGGAACGAUUCAUCUCUAAUCCAGGAGAAAAGAAAGCAACGGCAGCAUGGGGUUCAAGCACUGGCCUGGCAAAAAGGAAAGUAGGAACACAUGCAGGAAAUGCAAAAAAUGUGCAGCAGCGAGGGUGUGGACCUCCUGGCUAAUGCCUUGAAGCUAGGCAUCCUGUCACUUCAUUGCUUGCCAGCUCCAAGAAAUGCCAGAUACUCCAUUCUGUAGUCCCAACCAAAGUCUGCCUUCUCCCAGGAAGGAUCCCCACUGCCUUUAGGACCAGGCAGUAUCCCCUGCCAAUUCCCCCUGCUACUGUUCCUCUACCUGCAAAUGCUUUGAACCGUAUAAGCAGGCAGCACGGAGAGACUUCGCUCAAUUCAUGAAACGUUUGCUCCCCCCUAGGCAGCCAGUGAGCUAAUUCCUUUUCCACUGGGAACACAGUGCACACUAGUGGGUAGAUUCCGAAUAGGAACGUACCUCAUGGAGGAAGCCCCUCCGCCUUCUUGCAGAGGAAGCUGUGGGGUUGCCCUGUUCCUAACCGAUAGGCAGGCACCAGCUUACAAGCUUUUUGAAGGCCAGAUAGCCGGUAAUCAGCAGAAUGAAAAUGCACUUUCCCCCAAAGCAAGGUGGCUUUGCACCUCUGAAACACAAUGCGAGGCCACUCAAUGCUGUCAUUCUACUUUUCUGUGGAUUUUCGUUGCUUUGUGGGAGGAGGGGAGACACUCUGGCUGGCCAACCCUUCCCAGGGGUCCCUUCCUUCCUGCCAGUGAGGGCUGUGCUUGACUUUGGAAUCAACUCUGUGCCUUAAAUCUUCCACCACAACUCCAAGAUCUGUCAGCAGCUGCAUCGAGCAGUUGUGGGAGACCCUCGACAUGCAAGUUAUUUUUUAAUUAACACUCUCUUGGUAAGUGUAGCAGACAGGGGUGCCGACAGGGACUGGCAAAUCCUGCUCUCCAGUUGUUUUGCUUAGAAUGCCCGUUUCAAAAGCCUUCGGGAUUUCUGAAAAACUUUGGGCUGUGUGUGAAGCGGGUUUGUGUUUUUUGGCAUCAGAUAUCAAUAUUUAUACAGUGUCCCCUCUGAUGUAUUUGAACUUAUUUUUCUCCUAAACCCUCAGGUGAUGGUACAUUUUUCUGUGUUAACAUUAAUAAAGGUCAUCCUUUCUCUUGUA